UUGCGUAUCAGCGGUGCCAAAUCGGAAACCGGCUGUCCUAGCGAUUGCCACCGUUCAGGUAAUGGACCAGCCGGGCUAGCGUUAUCGGCAUUUCUUUCCGGUGUUCUUCCAUACUACAAUCCAAAUGCCCCACAUCCAGAUCCGACUGUAGACGAAAAACUGAGGGAGAAUCUUCGCCAAUCACUCAUCGAUCAGGAUCUGAAAUGGUGUGAGACCAUCGAGUUUCUGGGUGGCUCAUCGCGGCCACUCUCCACACUCUACGAUUCACUCGUUCGACCAGGAGCUGAUGUGGGCGCGCAAAUAUCGUCACGGUUGCUUUGGCAAACAGAUGAAAGACGCCAAAUCCCUCAUCUUGUUCUGGGAGAGACGGCAGUGGGUGGAAGCUGGAACAAUUACGAUCCGGAAAUGAUUGCGUUAUCGUCUUCCUCAUGGCUUGAUUUACCGGGGCUUUCUAUUUCGGACUGGCUUCAGGGUACACCGUUGAUUUCAAGGUUAUCUUUAUCUCACCACGUAGAACCUCUAUUGGACGUCCAGACACAACGUAACUCUUGUGUUUACAGAGUUCGCGUUGUUGUGGUUGGAGAUGGGAUUUCAUCGGCGGAUGCUGUCCGAGUAUGCCUGGAACAUGAGGUUCCGGUACUACAUCUUAUGCGAAGAACGGAACGUCAAAUUCAAAAUUCUGUUCUGUCGCGUCUUUCACCGUUACAUUACUUGGAGUAUCAUUCGAUUUUUCGCCUUAUGAUCGGUAGAGAUUCGCAUCCACUAUAUGUGAAAAGACAUGCCUCAUCGAUCAUUAGUGUUGAUGAGAACUCUGUUCUCACUAUAUCUACUUCGAAAGGAUACCAAUAUGAGAAGUGCUCAUUGUUGGUCAUAUGCAUUGGACGUGUAAGUGGCUUUGAUGGGAUAUUAGUCGGGAAGUAUACGUUCACGGGAUAUCAUUCGGAGGAGGAUCCGACUUUAAUGCGUGUUGGCUCAUUCGCUGGUGAUAACUUUGUGCGAUAUAUCGUUGGAGGGUGUCUGGAUGUUGCGAGGUCACUCCAUGACUUCUAUAGGAAACAAGAACAAUAA